AAGAAAAUGGGUGGAGCGGAAGCCAGUCCGAGCAAGUCAGAGGAUCCGCCCGCCUCCCCCGAGAUCUGCGCCUAUAAAAUCCGCCCCACCCCCCACUCUCCCACCAGCUGCUCUCCACCAAGAGCUGCUGCCACCACCACCAAACCCAUCGCUGGAUUUGUCCAGAGUCUUUCCUGUUUCACCGCCCCAGAUCUGAUCCGCGGCGCCGCGUCUUCGCUCAGAUGGUGAUCACUGUGAGGCGGUCGACGAUGGUGCGCCCGGCGCGGGAGACGCCGCGCCAGCGGCUGUGGAACUCCAACCUCGACCUCGUGGUGCCGCGCUUCCACACGCCCAGCGUCUACUUCUACCGCCGCGGCGACGGCGCCGCGGCGCCGGCGGAGGGGUUCUUCGACGGCGAGCGGAUGCGGCGCGCGCUGGCAGAGGCGCUCGUGCCGUUCUACCCGAUGGCGGGCCGCCUCGCGCGGGACGAGGACGGGAGGGUCGAGAUCGACUGCAAUGGCGAGGGAGUGCUCUUCGUCGAGGCCGACGCGCCCGACGUCUCCGUCGACGACUACGGUGACUUCGCCCCCACCAUGGACCUGAAACGCCUCAUCCCGACCGUGGAUUACACCGACGACAUCUCGGCCUUCCCUCUACUGGUGCUCCAGGUGACUCAUUUUAAAUGUGGAGGCAUCUCCCUUGGUGUUGGCAUGCAACACCAUGUAGCGGAUGGCAUGUCUGGCUUGCACUUCAUUAACUCGUGGUCUGACCUCUGUCGUGGAGCUCAAAUUUCUGUCAUGCCCUUCAUUGACCGCACUCUUAUUCGCGCUCGUGAUCCACCAACUCCAUCUUUUCAUCAUAUCGAGUACCAGCCUGCCCCAGCUAUAUUGUCCUCCACACCCCAGUUCCUUGCUUCCAAGUCAAAGCCACCUGCCACUGCUGUGGACAUUUUCAAGCUCACUCGCUCAGACCUUGGCCGGCUGCGCUCACAGCUUGCUGCAGGGGAAGGUGCACCCCGGUUCAGCACAUACGCAGUGCUAGCAGCACAUGUCUGGAAAUGUGUCUCCCUUGCACGCAGCCUACCUCCUGAACAACCCACCAAGUUGUAUUGCGCCACUGAUGGGCGCCAACGGCUACAGCCUCCACUACCAGAUGGUUACUUUGGUAAUGUCAUCUUCACUGCGACACCACUUGCUGAGGCGGGCAAGGUGACCAGUGGGCUGGCAGAAGGAGCAGCAGUCAUCCAGGGAGCACUGGAUAGGAUGGACAACGACUACUGCCGCUCAGCGCUGGACUACCUGGAGCUGCAACCGGAUUUGUCAGCACUGGUGCGUGGAGCACAUACCUUCCGGUGCCCGAACCUAGGGCUCACCAGCUGGGUACGCCUUCCUAUCCAUGAUGCCGACUUCGGAUGGGGCCGUCCUGUGUUCAUGGGGCCAGGCGGUAUUGCAUAUGAAGGUCUGGCGUUUGUCCUCCCAAGUGCAAAUGGAGAUGGCAGCCUGUCCAUUGCUAUCUCUUUGCAGGCUGAGCACAUGGAGAAGUUCCGGAAGCUAAUCUGCGAAGUUUAAACAGAAUGUCAGCGCCGACUAUUGAAGGAUGGUGUUAUAGGGCAAGAGGCUUUAUGUUGUACCCAAAUUCUCCCAGAUAAAAUACUGAAGUUUCAAGUGAACCCAGUGGCUGCACUUUCACUUUUGAAGACUUGCAGAGUAAAUUCAUGGCCACUUACUUUUGUGCCCCUUUGGGGGAUGUUUUUGGCAAAUCUAUAAUUGUAUGGGUUACCAAUAGACGUUGUUUUAGGGGAAAGAUCAAUUAUAGAGAAAGGGUAGACAUUUUCUGUGAAGAAACAUAGUAAAACUCAUUGUAAGGAACAAGCUCCAAUAGCAAACUCGAUGUGGGGUUACUUGAUCAUGGAAUAAUUUAUCAGUACAAUUUGGCAAUCCACAA